GUGGCUCCCGCCAUUCCCUUCGCGGGGCGCGGCUCGCCGACCCGGAGCAGGAAGCAUAGGAUGGCGUCCCUUGACCCCAGCGCGACACCGAAGAGCUAACGGGGAGUGAUGGAGAUGGGAUGAAAAAAACCCCUGUCCUGCACUGCAAAUGGCCUCCUGUUCAACACUGAUUGUUUGCUAGUCUGGAGUCAGCUUUGGUGGAUGAAGAAGGCUGGUGAGUCUAAGAUGUUUGACAGAAUCAGACGAUCUGAUGAAGCUUCUGCUUCUUCAGCACAGGGAAUCCAAAGACAUGGUGCUGAAGGCUCUCUACGACAGGACAGCAGUAGCAGUUCACAAGCAAGAGGGCAAGAACAUGCUUGGCCUGGAGUAUCCACUGUGCAAAGUAGACAAGGGUACUGCAACUGUUGCCACGUACACUACAGUAAUCUGGAACAGCAUGUUUUCAGCUCCCAGCACAGACAUUUUACCACAUACUGUAGGAAUCGUACAGGUACCAGUAGCUUGAUGGAGCGUUUCCUGCAAGAUGUUUUACAGCAUCAUCCUCACAGAUACCAUGACAACAGACCAACAUAUGAUGACAUGCCACUCCCCAGCACUCUGGAGGCUCCUAGGAUUUCUUGCCUGUCCCCAAUAGAGAUGCAGAAAAAAAGAAACAGUGACACACAGGAUACUUCCAGCAAAGACAAGGAGUCCAUUGGUGAAAUACACUCUUCUGCUCCAUGCCUGUCUCGUGAGGGCACAAAGAAAACUUUUGUAACACAAGCAGCUUUUCAAAAACGAGAAAGAGGCCAGGAGCGUGUUCCAGGAAUAUCCCAGCAGUCUGUUGGCAUCUGUAGCGAUAAGAAAUGGGUUGCUCUGAAAAAUGCAAAUCAUAGCCAUGAAGGUCAGUUUACAGCUGUGAGCCCCGUACCUCAGCAAUUUUCCAUCAGUCCUAUAAUCCACAGUUCUUCUGUUAAUCCUAAAACAGGAAAAAAUGUUAGGGAUUUGGCAGCGUCAAAUCUGUUUCUCCGUAGUGGGUGUGAUGAAAGGGCAACGAAGACCUGCAGUAGUGAUGUGUUAUUGAACCCAUGCUUGAAUCCUGCUCCAGCACUGGCUCACCCAAAAUGCCCUUCAGUUUCUCAUCAGAAUCCUACAUGCAGCCACAGCAAUUCUUUAUUUAUUACCUCAGGUCAAUCUCUCUCAAAGCGAGAUAGUUUACGAACUCAGGAUGAAACUUUGGUGUCUGAUCUCCAUCUCAGGGAUACUGUGGGUAUCAGCAGCUCCCUAGAUCUUGGGACAUCCCCACAAUUAGCAAGAUGCAAAAACGUGAAGACAAACAGAGAUGAUGGAAGUUCAGUGGAUGAAACUAUUGAAGAUGUAAUUUUGAAAUACUGCCAUGAAACUACAUCUGAAGAAAUUUAUAUCACAGAAGAGAAUAAUCCCUGUUUAACUUUUUCAUCACUUCUGGACCAUACUAAUUUAGAGGGCUCUGAAAUGAGUUUUGACUGUGAUGCACCAAUACAGGCAGGAACAGACUUACCCAAGGCAGCUAUAAAAGAUAUAGAAUUCCUAAAAGAGGUCCAAGUAAGUUUGCAAGAUAAAGACUACGGAACACAGCUCUGCUCUGUUUUAAAAACUGAGUCAGUAGAGAAAACAGAAGCAGUGAAACAGGAUGUCAUAGUUCAUACUGAAGAACCAGUUCUUCCAGCUCUGCCUCAUGUGCCUCCUUCUUUUGUGGGAAAGACUUGGUCUCAAAUAAUGUAUGAAGAUGAUAUAAAAAUUGAAGAACUUGUGCGUGAUUUCAAGGAGGGUCGUUUUCGCUGCUACUUUGACAGUGAAUCAUCAGCCAACUGUACAGGGAAGAGAAUGAAGAAAAAAAAGCAGAAGGAUGAAAAAAGGAUCAAUGUUAUUGAGGGUAACAGAACAGAAAGUGCAUCAGUUAAAGCAUUGCCAGAAUUUAAUGAUGCUUUAAGUGGUGGCUCUGAUUUUGAUAACCCAUCUUUAGCCUCAGAUACACUAUGCAAACCACAAAUACUUAAAAUGCCUAGGAAAAGGACAUGGCGCCUUGCUUCAAGAUGCCAGGUGGUUAAAGUCAGCCACGGCACCCAAACAAGUCUACUGAACUACCCUGUAGCAAAAAAGAAGAUGUGUAGAAGAGAAUCUGAUCCAGCUGAUCAGAAAGCAAGCAUCACAUGGUUGGAGAAUGAAAAAACUCCAAACAUGAAAACUAGACUAUGUGCCCUUAAACUUCCAGAGUCCUACAGCAAGAUUAUGAGUCCUGUACAACCCAAGACAGUGGUGUAUGUACUCUCAUGCCCAGAGGUAAAACAGUGUAAAGGUAAACCUGUAGAUACUUCCAAAAUGAGGAAAAAUCGAAACUCCGCAGAUAGCAAGGACUCUGUAAGGUAUAAAUACAAACAGUGUUCUUUCAAGUAUUAUGACCCACUGACAAAUCGAAUUCUGAAAACACCUCCGAAGAGUACAGUUGGAGAAAAGGCCAAAAAGCCCUCCCACGUUCGACAGCUUUUCAGAAGCCUCAACUUUGAUGCAAACAUGAAAAAACUAGCGGAUGCACAGAAAGAAAGCAUGCCAUCAAAGUCACUCAAUUGGUCAGACUACUAUAGUUCAUCUUCAGCAUCUUUCCUGACAGAUCCAGAUAAAGGGAAUGAUGCAGCCUCAAGUCAAAAGGCAGAUGGAUCUUCUGUUUCCACAGAAAGAACAGAUUGUCUUGCGUCUAGUCACUCUGAGAACUCUUUUAAACACUUGAUCAUUUCACCUUUGAACUCUGUGGUAGAAGGAGAUUGUAGAUUAAUUCCGUUUAAUAGAAUUACCAAAACUCCUCUGACCUCCAUCAGGAGUGAGUGGUUAGAGAGGGAGAAUCCAAAGGCAAUAUGGAAGAGAAAAGAAGGCACUAAUAAAGAACCAGUUUUUUCCAGAAAGGCUUCAGGAUCUAAAUCUGUCACAUGUACUGUUGGGAGGAGAGGAAACAGAGUAACCGCAGGCAAACAGACUUCCCGAACUAAAAAACAGCAAAAAGAGGGGUUGAGAAGACAACUUCAUCCUCGUGCCCAGAAAUCUGCUUUCUCCAUCCAUAGGUGCCAGACAAGGAAGAAUACAGUGGGAAAGCACCCUAAGAAAGAAAAGCCUGAUGCUAAAAAAUUAAAGGUGAGGAGUAAACCAAAAAGGGCCUUUCUGAGCUCAACAGUUGUAACAGGGAUUCCUGUAAAGAGGCAGAAAGUCACAUCAGAGUCUUUUCCCAAGAAACCAGAGCAAGCUUCCUCCAAAGUCAGGAACUGGGGAGUAAGUGGAGAUAGGGGUCAUCCUAGCACUGUGAACCGACCCUCUCGAAGAACAACUGCUGUACCGUUACUUCGAAACUGUCUUGUUCUGCCAGGUGAGAGCUAGCUACCAAAAGAACUUUUUUUUUUCUUUUUUUAUAGCCAGCACCUGGAAAAAGGAAAGGGGAAAAAAGGAGGUCGUGGACAACACAGUUGAAGUGCUAGAGCUCCAGAAAGUGCAAAGCCAGUCUAAUGUGAAACAAAUACAACUGUAAACUCGGCUCUUGUUCCUGGAAUGUGGGGACAUAAUGUAUUGCACUGUUCUGCUGUGUAAAGCUGCAGAAGUUGUAGAUUUGAGUUAAAAGCACUUAGAAUCCUAUUUACUAGACUUCACCUGUACAUCAGCAAAAUGACCUUGAAUAGUAUCAUAUUGGUUUUAUGGUAUUAUCAGUGCGUGACAGUGCACUAUAAUAAGGUAAUUUAGAAGCUGUGUUAAUUAAUUGUGCCUAAUUUAAUUUCUUCACAUAAUUCUAAAGUGCAAAAAAUGACUUGGUUGUUAUGCUAGAAAUUAAAUGAAGAUACAUGAAUUUGGGCUGAAUUCUGUGUAUGUAUUUUGUGUUUGUGUAUAUGUGCACCUUCUUCAACACGUAAUAUAUACUUGCCUGUGGAAUGGCAUUAAAAUUAAUACAGUAUGAUACAAUUCAGAUCAAUUCAGUGCUUUCUUGAAAUGAAAUGUAAUUUUACACAUUUUUGUAUUGACUUUUUUCCUGAAACCAUGUCCAAAGCAGUUGUUUUGAACAAAAAGUCACUGUGGGUUCUCAUCAAGCAAUAAUGGACCAUGUUGGUAAGGAAAUAUGUCUCUUUAGGGAACUGUUCAAAUGGUGGUGGCUAAAGUGAAAUUUCAAAUUCCAAAAGAAAUAUAGGCUUAGAUUUGGGGGUUUUUUGUUUGUUUUUUAGUAGCUUAUUGAUAAAGUUUAUAGGUGAAUUUCACAUUCCUUGGUGGGGGGAAUGGAAAAGUAAUAAUGCAAA